CACUCAACGAAACCAAAAAUCAACGGCUCAGAUCACUCCGACUUCUGUUUCUUCUUCUUCUUCUUCUUCUUCUUCUUCUUCUUCUUCUUCUUCUUCUUCUUCUUCUUCUCCGAUUUUAAAUUAAAACCCCUCACAAAUUUACUAAUUCCGAAUAUUUCUUCUCUUCUUCUUCUUCAUCGCAUCUCUCUCACUCCACGUUUUCUUCGGUGAAGAGAUAGCCUCCGGGAAAAGUUAUCAUCGCCGGAAAUUUCAGAUUUUUUCUCCUCCCGCCUCUGGUUUCGUUGUUUCGCUACGGGUAAAAGAACAUUUAGACCGAUUAUGCAGCGGAAAGCGAGUGGUCUUGUUUUACAUGAGAAUAUGAAGAAGAAAGAUGAUAAGAGUGUUGUUCCUAUUUGCAGUCGAAUUGGUUGUAGUUCUAGGAUUAGUUCUACUAAGGGAGCUUUGAUUGAUCACAAAGCAAAAUCUACUGUGUCUUCGUUUCGAUCUUUUUCAAAUGGAAAGGAAUCCGUUGGGAGUUCAUCUCGAAGUAUGAGUGGAUUUGGUGGUACAAAAAAGGCUUCCAAAGUUGGUUGUAGGAGACAACUCUCUUCUCUUUUGGAUAUGGAUUCUUCAGAGAGUAGCAGUGUUAAUGAAGACUCACCCACGAGUGAGCGUGUCCUUCCACGUGGAAAGACCAAAGAAAGCACUAUGGUUAAUGUCUCUGGAGAAGUUGUGACAGAGGCAGGAAGCUCAAGUAGAGGAACCCGCAGAAGCAUUCAUCAGAGACCUGAUUUGGUCACCGGAGAGGCUUGUAUGGUUAAUAGUGAGCAAAAUGCAAGAGCUAAUGUGAACAAGAAUGGAUUGAAAGACUUGAGGAGCAAAUCUGGUUCUGAUGUUCUUCCAUCUAAUUCAAAUCCGGCAAGAAAAAAUAACAUAUUUAGAAAGAAAAACUCUGAUGGAGAAAGCAGCUCUUCGAAUAGAGGGAAUAAGACUGAAGGAUCAGUGGUUGGGGGAAGGAAUUCAAGUUCCCCUCAGGGCAAUGGCAUCACCAUAUCUGAAUCUAGGAGGAACAGAAAUAUACCAAGUGUUAGGGACAACAGUGUUGUUUCAAGUAGUACUAGGAGAUCAACUGGUAAUUAUGGUAGAACAGGACGUGCUGGAGCGGUUGCAACUCUACAAGCGCCUCGGCCUGCAACACGAGCUGAUCUCAAUCCUUCUAGAUCUGCAGAAGUUUCGCGUAGUCCUUUAAAUAGUUACAGUAGGCCAAUCAGUAGUAAUGGCAGGUUACGUAGCCUGAUGAUGCCUGGUAGCCCCUCUGAAGCCGGCCUUUCUCGCUCUUUGAUGAACCGUGAUGGUUUCAGACGGUAUAACAUGAAUGGAGUUGCAGAGGUAUUGUUGGCGCUGGAAAGGAUUGAACAAGACGAAGAGCUUACAUACGAGCAAUUGGCUGUUUUAGAGACCAAUCUGUUCUUAAAUGGUAUGAGCAGCUUCCACGAUCAGCAUAGAGAUAUGAGGCUUGACAUUGAUAACAUGUCGUAUGAGGAAUUAUUAGCAUUGGAAGAGAAAAUGGGUACAGUGAGCACUGCACUAAGCGAAGAAGCACUUCUGAAAAGCCUGAAGUCAAGUAUUUACCGUCCAAAUGAUGAAUCCGGCGACAUUUGCCUAAACAAAGAUGAUGAUGUAAAGUGCAGCAUUUGCCAGGAAGAGUAUGUUGAUGGAGAUGAAGUAGGAACUUUGCCUUGCCAACAUAAAUACCACGUGAGCUGCGCGCAACAAUGGCUUCGGAUGAAGAAUUGGUGUCCUAUUUGCAAAACCUCUGCAGAAUCUCAGCCACAGCCAUUUUCAUGAUGAUGGGAUUUGCAGAGACAUCACCAAAGUGUUUGUCUCUCUACUUCCACCACAUUGCUCUCUUUUAUUUGUACAUAAAAGGUUUCUUUUUUACUUACACACAAUUGGGAACAAAAUAGAAAAUAAGAUCAGGUGGACAAAUUCCUUUCUUUCACCUGUAUAAAGAUUUAACAUUUCA